AUGCCACAAUUCCGACUUAGUCUAGCGCUUGGCCUCGCUGCUACAGGGUCUCUGGUCGCCGCUGCACCUUGUGAUAUUUAUGAGUCUGGCAACACGCCUUGCGUCGCAGCACACAGCACCACCCGUGCUUUGUAUGAUGGAUAUUCCGAAGCUCUAUACCAAGUCUCGCGUGCUUCUGACAAUACCACGGCCGACAUUUUGCCCGUAAAGACCGGCGGAAUUGCCAAUGCCGUUACUCAAGAUAGCUUCUGUGAGAAUACUGAUUGUGAAAUCACCACUAUCUAUGACCAGUCUGGGAAAAACAAUCAUCUCACUCGUGCCCCGCCCGGUGGAUUCAAUGGCCCAGCAGAUGGCGGCUACGAUACUCUAGCAAACGCAACAGGCGCGCCUAUCACACUGAAUGGCCAGAAGGUGUAUGGUGUCAAAAUUGAAGCUGGUAUGGGAUACCGCAAAAAUGGCGCCAUUGACACGGCUACGGGCAAUGACCCUGAAGGCAUGUAUGCCGUUCUUGACGGAACGGAUUAUAAUAACCAAUGCUGCUUCGACUACGGUAAUGCAGAGACCAGUAACACCGAUACAGGCGCUGGGCAUAUGGAGGCUAUCUACUUCGGUGCCAAUACGGCCUGGGGAAAGGGCACCGGCGACGGGCCUUGGAUCAUGGCCGACUUGGAGGACGGUCUCUUCGGUGGUAAAGACGCCAAGUAUAGCUCCGGUGACCCCUCUAUCACCUCACGCUUUGUUACUGCUGUUCUCAAAGGCCAGCCGAAUCAGUGGGCGCUUCGUGGUGGUGAUUCUACUGCUGGUGAUCUCUCGACCUACUACAAUGGGGACCGCCCGGAUGGCUACAACCCCAUGCACAAUGAGGGCUCGAUCAUUCUGGGAAUUGGUGGUGACAACAGUCCGAAUGCUCAGGGCACUUUCUAUGAGGGUGUGAUGACCUCUGGUUUCCCCUCCGAUGAUACUGAGAACAAAGUACAGGCUGAUAUUGUGGCUGCAAAGUAUGCGACCUACUAG